CUCAAUACGUGGUUGAGUUUUCUAACAACAUAACUAGAAGUUGUUGGAUUUUGAUGUAUUCAAGUUAACAACUAUGCAUUAUAUUCUGCUUUUAGUGUUGGCGGCUUUAUCUUGCUAUGCACAAGAGGAUCAGUGUGAUCCAAAUGAUGGAGACUGUUUUAGAGAGCCGUUUGCUGGUGUCAUGACUGGCGAGGAUGACCAUUGUCCGGUUGAAAAAAUGCAAGCAACAUUAGACAAAGAUCCAGAGAUAAAAGCUGAAGUCGAGGCUGCGAAAUUAGCAAUUGCUCACUUGACAAAACCUCCUGUUUCUCCAGUUGAUCUUGGAAUUCCAUUGUGUUACAAGACAUAUUCAAUAUUGAAAGUGCCUCCAAAAAUAUGGAUAAAGAACGGUGGUUGUUAUUUCCAUUGGUAUUAUGUGAAAAGCCAAAUAACCUAUGUAAACUGUGGACACAAACAACGCUGCAGCAAUUUGCCAUGUUCUAUGCUGUGGUCCCCAUCUUUCUGUUAUCCUGCCAACUUCUUGUCACUGAAACUAUACAUGUUUUGUCCACAUCUAAAACCGAAAUACUGGUAUCCAUACUACGUCCGCCUUCCUCAGUGUUGUGAAUGUAGGAGAACCUAUUGUUGGUGGCUGCAAGCGACCCAGAGUCCCAAAUGACCAUUUAUACCUUAAGAAAGAAUAGUUCUA